AAACUUUAUAACAUAAAUAUGAGUUUGGCCAACAUAAAACAGAAAGAAGCCAAGGGCAAGAAGAAAAUGCUGCCCAAAUUGCGCACUGUUCUGGCCAAUCCGUAUAAACAGCACAGCCCUGUUUUGUCGGAUGAAGAAGUGCAGCAGCUUAGCAAGAUCCUCCAAAGGGCCAAGGAAGACAGCGGCGGAGAAUCGAAAUCAUUUGCCACUCGAUUUGGCAUCAAUCUUGGCCUGGAAAGCUCCUUGAGGGUCAUAAAUUCCCAGCGUUUCUCCUGUUUGCUAGUUUCUUUGAGCCUCCGACCAGCCCAUCUCAUCCGUUUAAUCGCCACCAGUGCAUCCGUCAAGGUUCCCACCGCACCCAUCUAUGCACAGCCCAAACUGGAGGAGCUUACUCAGGAGAUCUUCGGGGUAAGGGCAGUAUGUUUGGCCUUGCCUUUGGAUUUGGGUGCUAUAAGUACGGAGCUGGAGCAGUGGGUUACUGCCAGAAAAAGGACACCCACACCUGGCAAGAAGAUAAUCCCAAAAACCCCCAAGAAACCCAAGAGGAGGCCUAUAAUAACCCAACCUCUUGAAGAGGAAAAGAAUGUGCCCCCUACAAAAGUGGAAAAAAAGGAUUUUGAUGAUGAUUUCAUCUCCUUCUCGACGGAGAAACCCUCUAUAAGACUGGACCGCGAGGAUGUCCAAGUGGAAACCCAGAAACUUGGAAACGCUCUCAGUAAUUUAGCCAUGAAAGCCAAAAGUAAAAAGGUGGAAGUGAAAAAAGAGGAAUCUCCCAGCCUAGAACCCAUGGAAGUGGAGGUAGAGCCAGAACAAGUCGAGACCGAUGAAGAUGACUUUCUGCCCAGGGAUCUGCAAACCUAUAGACCUCUAACUGUCCACCAAAUACGUCCCAAUCCCGACAAGAAACCUAAAAAGAAGCGAAACAAAAAGUCAAAUCAGUUGACCAGCAAAUCCUAGCGAUAGUUGGCAACGCGGCCGCAUCAGCUGUAGUUUUUAGGUUAUGUUACCCAGUUUGUUAUCGUAAUUUUUAAGGCGCCCGCACACAAAAU